AUUAAACGCCUGAGAAAUGAACAAAUUACGGCAAAGUUUUAGGAGAAAGAAAGAUGUCUAUGUUCCAGAGGCCAGCAGACCUCACCAGUGGCAGACGGAUGAAGAAGGAGUUCGCACUGGUAAAUGCAGCUUUCCUGUUAAGUACUUGGGCCAUGUGGAAGUGGAUGAGUCCAGAGGAAUGCAUAUCUGUGAAGAUGCUGUGAAGAGAUUAAAAUCUGAAAGGAAGUUCUUCAAAGGCUUCUUUGGAAAAACUGGAAAGAAGGCUGUUAAAGCAGUCCUGUGGGUUUCAGCGGAUGGACUCCGAGUUGUAGAUGAGAAAACAAAGGAUCUUAUAGUUGAUCAGACCAUAGAAAAGGUUUCUUUCUGUGCACCGGACAGAAACUUUGACAGAGCUUUUUCAUACAUUUGUCGAGAUGGCACCACACGACGCUGGAUAUGCCACUGUUUCAUGGCCGUAAAAGACACGGGGGAAAGGUUGAGUCAUGCCGUGGGCUGUGCAUUUGCAGCAUGCCUGGAGAGAAAGCAGAAACGAGAGAAGGAGUGUGGAGUGACUGCUACCUUCGAUGCCAGUAGAACCACAUUCACAAGGGAGGGGUCAUUUAGGGUCACUACAGCUACUGAACAAGCAGAACGAGAGGAAAUCAUGAGACAGAUGCAGGAUGCUAAAGCUGAAGCAGAAGUGAAAACAACAGCUGCUCCUGGAGCCACACCGAGCAAUACCGUCCCAUCCCCGGGCUCCCCGACCUCACCUACUGCUGAUAGCGCUGUGCCUCUAGAUAAAGAGAUGAACAAUCCCCAUGCUAUCCCACGGAGGCAUGCACCUAUAGAGCAGCUUGCCAGACAAGGCUCUUUCCGAGGUUUCCCUGCCCUUAGCCAGAAGAUGUCUCCUUUUAAACGACAGCUGUCGUUGCGAAUAAAUGAGCUGCCUUCAACAGUGCAAAGAAAGACAGACUUCCCUAUGAAAAACUCAGUCCCGGAGGUGGAAGGGGAAGUGGACAGCAUUAGCUCCCUGUGUUCCCAGAUUACCAACGCUUUCAGCACACCUUCAGAGGAUCCUUUCUCUUCAGCGCCUAUGACAAAACCGGUUACAGUAGUUGCACCACAGUCUCCUGCCUUUCAAGUUAAUGGCACUGCCUCUGCCUUCUUUGUGCUUGCUGCUAAACCAUCUCAAGCUGCUGUAGUACCCACAGCUAUGCCAGUUCGUGAAACCAAUCCUUGGGCUCAUGCCCCUGCUGCUCCUGCUGCUACUAAUACUGGAGCUGCAGCCACAGUCUCUGGUACUGAAUGGAGCACCACCUCAGGCUCAGCCUCGCCAAGUCUCUUCCAGGCAAACCACAGGCGCACUCCCUCAGAGGCAGACCGCUGGCUGGAAGAGGUAUCCAAGACUGUCAGAGCCCAGCAGCAACAGCAGCCACCCCCACCAGCCCCACAGCCAUUAUUACAGCCUCCCCCUGUGGCUUCCCAGCCAGCCCAGCCUUUUCCAGUGAACACCUUCAUCGCACCUCAGCCUGUGCCAGUUGGUGUGGUACCACCAAUGCAGCCGGCCUUUAUACCUGCUCAGCCAUAUGCGGUAGCAAAUGGAAUGACCUAUUCAGCUCCUAGUGUCCCUGUGGUUGGAAUCACACCUUCCCAGAUGGUAGCCAAUGUUUUUGGCACUGCAAGUCAUGCACCAGUGUCCCAUCCCCAUCAGUCACCAAGUCUUGUCAAACAGCAGACGUUCCCCCAGUAUGAAACUAACAGUGCCACUGCCAGUCCUUUCCUGAAGCAUCCUGCUCAGCACAACGGCUCUGCAGCUUUCAAUGGAGUUGACACUGGGAAAUGGGCCACAGAGGACAAGCAUUCACAGCCUCCUGCAGCUGCCCAGCAGGUGGAUCCAUUUGAAGCACAGUGGGCAGCACUAGAAAGCAAGUCCAAGCAGCGCACUAACCCAUCUCCAACUAACCCCUUCUCAAGCGAUUUACAGAAGACAUUUGAGAUUGAACUUUAGGCAGUCCUGUGGGUUGGGCAUAUUGUGUCGGGAUGGAGGGAGUGUAAAGGGAGCAGAGGGGACUCUUUCUGAUCAGAACCCUCUUUUAAUCCCAAAGGGUCCUGACAAAUGCAAAUGGGUGUAAAGCAGGAGCAAUCAUGGACAGGAAAAAACCCUACAGAAAAUUUGUUAUGCAGUCUUUAAAAAGGAAUCAUGAAAACAGCCUGCAUGCAUUCCCUCCUGGCUGGGAAUGCUGACUAGCAGAGGAAACUCAACAGACCGACAGUGGGCGUUGAAUCCUGAAACCUAUUUGCAAGAACAUCAAGUGAUUUCGCAUGAAGGAAAGCAAAUGAUCUACCACCUCCCUGUGCUGUAUGCUAGCCUUUUCCCCUGGGGGAACGAGGGAAACAUUUCUGAGGGGGGGAGGGAGAGGGGGAGCUGUCAACUGCUCAGCAAAAGCGGUGUUUGUGGAAACAAAGUCGAGCUUCCAUUUUGAGUAACAGUCAAUAUUAUAUAUAUAAAGAAUAAAAUAAAGCCAAAAUCUUUAUUUUUUAUGCAUUUAGAAUAUUUUAAAUAGUUCUGGAUAUUAAAAGCUGUAUGAGUUGUAAGUAAUCUUGCCAAAGGUUAAAAGGGGUUGGAUGUAAGAAAUUGUACAUAAGAUUGAUUUAUCUCUGAUUCUUAUUGUAAGUAAUGUGGGGGGGGAAGGAGAGUGGGUCCCUAGCUUGUUCUUGUAUCUGUUCAUUGUAAGUAGCAUAUUGCAACAACAAUCAUGAGUCAUGACCAAUAAAGUCACUAUUGUAGUUUUAAAUGAGGGAAAUUGAAGAGCAGUAUUGUCAUGGUUGGAAAACCAUGGAGAAAUUUUAUUGUCUUUUUUUCUAAUGGAAUCAAACUAAUUAUUAUAUAUAGUAUGUAUAUUCUUUCAUGUAUUGCUGCAGUUUCCUUGUCUUAAAUAUCAGUUAACACUACUGUGACAACUUACUGUAACCAUAUCUACAACCUGGGGCCACCCGGGAACCCAUUUUAUUUCGUCUGUUCAAUAGAUUUUAGGGUUUUCUUAACUUUUGGGUUUUUAUUUUUCCAACUGUUCGUGAAACCUCGUGGUUAGGGCUGCAGCUGUUCCAAGUUUCGCCUCUGGUGACUUGUGAAAUCCAUCUUGUUUUAACUUCUAAACUUUGGCCUUACAAGCAAAUGUAAGUUAUAUAUUUGUACUGAUGAUUUAUAAUCCGCUUUAACAGAAAUAAAUGUUGGUGGUAGAAGCUC